AUGGAGAUACCCAGGGAAGGAGAUGAAAACGAGUUGACCAAGUUGAAGGCGCUCAAGAAUCGGAAGGAGAAGGAGAGAAGAGCUCGCAGGAAGAGAGAGCAGAAGACCGGCAGCACUUCUGAUAACGCUGUAGCAGAUCCUGCUGAAAUGGGCGUCCAAAAUCGUGAUCAAGGUGUUGAAGAGCGCCUGGACCUCGUCGUCCAGCAGCACGAUAUUGAGAGCGGCACAGCAAGUGAAGGCGCCCAGGAAGCCACCACGCUGCUCCCAUCUGUCCAAGCUGGUGAACACCCAUCGAUUAGCCAGGCUGCAAACGAACAGAAUCGCCCUGCGCAACCACCUGCCGAGCCAUACAUGCUGGCAACACAACCAAUACAGGACGCUCAAAUGACUCUACCCUCACCUCCACCUGCUAUUAAUCCUCAAACUACACCACCCAUCACCACCACCUCUGGUGCCCGCAGAACUUCACGUCCUUUGAUAGCCCCAGCAAUCCCCUUCAACCUUCAAUUCUCAAAGAAACCUUCCACCACCAUGCAGCACGAAAAUCCUGACACACAGAGCUCAGCAACUGAACAAGAAAGUGACAGCACAGUUGCACAGAUUGCUGCCUCAACAGCUGAACUCACAAUCUCCAAGGCCCAAGCCACGACAGAAGAUACUCCAGAAACCGAGGUUACUGAUGCUGGUAUGGAGUCAAAGAAUUCACCAGAAGGUCCUCCUUACGAGACCAAAAGUCCUAUCUCUGCUACACAUGUUGCUGAGAGCUCAGAUUCUUCUGCUCCAGUACCCGCACAAGCUCCAGCAGUAAUUACUUCACAUACCACCCAAAGCUCAGAAGCUGCUGCUCCAGCGCCUGCCCAAGCUCCAGCAGAAACUACUCCACAUACUACCCAAAGCUCAGAAGCUACUACUCCAACACCUACCCCUACCCAAGCUCCAGCAGAGACUACUUCACGUACUACCCAAGGCUCAGAAGCUUCUACUCCAGCGCCUGCCCAAGCUUCAGCCCAACAACGCCUUGUCAAAUUCGACACCUAUGAAUGGCCUUGCCGUAAUCAAGAAUGCCGCAAGCUGACCAGCCCUUACGACGAAUCAACAGUCAUCUGUCCCCGCUGCGGUCCGUACUCGUUGAUCCGCUAUUGCAGCAAGAAAUGCCUCUUCGACGACCUCCUCAUGCACUGGGGCGUCGAAUGCGGUUCAUUCACCCUCGCGCAGAAAGCCGACCCCAUGACCAUCACCAGGCGACAGAUCAGCAUCCAACCAUACAUCCCCAGCCUCGACCACAUUGACCGCCCCGAACGUUUCCGCCAGUUCGUGCGCCACUCGAUCGACACCACCGGCGACUACUUCAUCUUCUCCGACUGGGCCGACUGGCGCAACGCCGGCUUCCGCAUGCCCUGGCCCGCCGAGCAACACGCCUCGGGCAGCAUCCUGGCCAUCGUCAACUUCACCCAGACCGGCUCCUCCGUCCCCUCUCGCAUGCUCUUCACCCGUCUCCUCCGCAUCUGCUUCCUCGUCGGCGGCGCGCGCACCGAUAUGGCCUAUUUCCUCUUCAAGAUGAUCAUCGGCCGAUUGACCGAGCUGGGCUUGGCAACCAGCGACAUCAAGAACUGCCUCGUCUGGCAAUUCAAGCACGAGUUUGCCUAUCCGGGUGGCUUUGCCGACUUGCUGAUGGACCAGCAGGUGGUCAACUGGCCCUUGGUGGCGGGUCAGGUUGAAUGUCUUUCGGUAAAAGUGAAUCCAGAUUUCGACUUCUAUGACACAAAUGAAGAAAUGUAUAUCAACGCGAGAAGGGCACCCGUCUCCCAGAAAUCACUACGAUAUUCUUUUUGCGAGAUUACUGAAAACAUGAUGGCAGAUUUCUGA